GGGAGGGGUGCGCGCGUGCGUGGUCAGCCAAUGGGGGAGCAUGGAGGCGACGUGUUACGGGCCUGGCGGCGCUGACGUUUGAUGUUUUCCUUCCGGCCGGCAGUUAAAGACGCUGGCAUCAUCGCGAGCAGCAAGCAGUCGUCGGUGUGAGGGUGGGCACACAUCAUACAUACAGAGACAACUCUGCUGUGAGGGCAAGGUGUACCUGAAGACUCGACCUCAGGUGGAGAAGAUAGCAGACAGAGAAUCUGAGUGACAGGAGCUGUUUGAUGUGUCGCAGUAUCAGUGGGCAAGGGAACCGCAAAUACUUCGCAGUUUUCACCACAACAGUUUGGAUGCUGGCCAUCGACAGAGCCCUGGGAUCUUUGUAACCACAAUCCACCGACAGGGACCUCAUUACUUUGAGGAGACGAAGGCUUCAGGAUAUUCUGAGGACAACCACACAGACACUAGUCACAGAGGUCUACUUCUGUCUCACCAUGCUCUUCGACUGUGAGAAUCACUAGACCUCAGCGUCAGUAGCCCUAUAAUAGUCACUGCAGUCCUAUCACAACACGUCCGUGAGGUCGACAAGUCCGGGUGGGAGGCCUGUGCGGGCGGCCAUGACGUCAAACAGCAAGCUGCGGACAGCGGACAGUAAGAUCAUGGUACUCGGCACAUCAGGGGUGGGGAAGUCAGCUCUUGUUGUGAGGUUUCUGACGAACCGGUUCAUCUGGGAAUAUGACCCAACACUUGAAUCGACGUAUAAACAUUUGACCACAGUGGACGACGAAUCCGUCGUCAUGGAAAUAUUAGACACAGCAGGACAGGAGGAGACAAUCCAGCGAGAGGGGGGUGUGCGGUGGGCAGACGGCUACGUGCUGGUGUACGCCAUCAACGACCGCAGCAGCUUCGGCGCCAUCCCCAGCCUCAAGCAGUUCCUGGAUGACGUCAAGAAGACCAACGUGCAGUGCGUGCUGGUGGCCAACAAGGUGGACCUGCUACACGAGCGGCGAGUGGAGUGUAGCGAGGGCGAGGCGCUGGCCCAGGACAUGUCCUGCGCGUUCUACGAGACGUCGGCGUCGGAGGGCGGGGAGGAGAUCACGGAGCUCUUCCAAGAGCUGCAUCGCGAGGUGCGUCGCCGCAAGGCCAUGGAGACCAAAGGCAGGCGCCGCAGCUCCGCCCAGCAGGUGCGCAGUGUGUUCAACAGGGUGCUCAACAAGAUCGGCAGCCCCUCCUAGCUGUCAGCUUGUCAUCCCUUCUUCCUGUAUACAGGAACUUCCUAACUGUACAGCAGCCACCUUCUUGCUGUACAGUCUUAUUCUAUAUGCAGCAGAUGGUGUCAAUGUGUAUGUAAUGAAUGACUCAAUUCUGUAUGUAAUGAAAGACCUGAUGCUGUAGGUAAUGAAUGACCUCAUUCUGAAUGUAACGUGCCAGAGAUAUGGCCACAUUCUGAAUUACAGCUUCGGGGUUGAUUAGCCAACUUUGAUAUUCCAACCACAUACCGUAGGACAAAAUGAAGCUCAGUGUAAGGACGUCUCUGGGAUCUCUGGACGGUCGACUCUAAAGAUGCCUGAGUCUUUAACAGUUUUAAGAACAGCACUGACUUCUCAUCUUUAUUUGGGAUGGGUCCAUUUAGGAACAGUGUGUAAUUUGUGCUCAACAUGCACUGUCAAGGUUGUUGUGUGUGUUUUAUGAGGAUACACUAUACGCUUCAACCAUUGGGACCUCUACCUGCAUCAUGGCAGUCUUCUUUCACGGAUGCAUUUAGCAGAGAACUUUUGUCUCUAAACAUGAAGGUGUAAACCAGACUCGGUUCACCCGCAUGGGUCUUGGUCUUUGAUCUGCUGUACCCCUUUAUUCUUUAAACACUAGAUUUGACUGUAGGACCUUUUGUGUACCUGGUGUGACGAGGUCCCUGUCCCUCGAACAUUUCGUUUAUAUUCAUGCCAACUGAGGUGAAAACAGAUUUUUAAGUGAUUUAGCAGCAAACAACAAUCUAUUGUAGGUGUUCUUAUUACUCGAUAUGCUUAGUGCAACUGGUUGAAGUACACAUACCUUGAUAGCGUGCAUGUGUGUGUGUGUGCGCGCGCAUGUGUGUGUGUGUGUGUGUAUGUGUGUGUGUGUGUUGUUCUACAUACAUGAGAUCACAACAGUUUGAAAUCAAAGACAGUCAAGCUUUCGUAGAAGCUGUAAUGGUUGAAGUAAAAAAAAAUUAAAUUAAAUUAUUUAUACAAGUGAAGCCUGUAUUAAUGUGUGUGUAUGUAUAUAUAAACAUUCAGGCCAACUGCUCAGAUUACUUUUGUUCCUUUGGAGUACAGCCUUGUUGAUGUCUACUUGUGUGUCUACGCUUGUCCUUAGAAAUGUUUAAGUUAUAAAGUGUUUAUUGCUAAAUAUAUACCGUCAGAUAUCAUCUGGAAAAGGAUAGAUACCAUAGGUAAUAAUAUCGAUAUAUUAUUUAUAUUGGAUGUCUUACGUUGAAUGAAUUCUUUAAAGACAACUUGUAGCAUCAUAAACUCCACAUCCCUUUCCGCCAUUGAAUGCUGUGAAGACAGCGGAUGUCAGUGAUGGAAAGUGGGAAACUGCUGUCCUCGGCGAUCAACUUUAGCUUUCUCUCCCAUCUGUUCCAUAUAUUUCCUUAUCUAUGUUUCCUUUUUCUGUGUGCAUAAGAAGAUAUUAUAUACUACAUUCUUGUCUUAACGAUAUGAGUCCCAAAGAAAUUCGUGUGCAAAUGUUUGUCUAUUUUUUUUUGUUUUGAGGUGACACUGAGGUGUACGCAAGAUGGCCUGUGCGUUUUUAAACAGCAAAUGAUGUUAAAGAAAAAUUUGGUCAACCAUUUUUAAACAUAUUGUUUACCCAUUCAUCUGCAACUAAUGAAAUAAUAAUGCACUUAGUCUUAAGUAUCUAAUUUCAAAUGUAAAUUUUCAAAUAAUGCAUCGAAGUUCACAUUAUACCAGUGAGGCUUGUCGUAGUUUGCGAGCGGAAGACAAAGACUUGCGAAUCGUACAAUGAAUUCCAAAGAAAUUCACAUUUUCAUUGUCCAUUUUUAUUACACAUCGAGUGACUGAAGACAGCUAUAUACACAAUGCACUAUAUUUAUAGUAUUUAUAGUAUUCCUAACCCCUUUAGACAGUAAAAAGCAAAGUUUCUCAAAGUGCAAAUUACUUAAAAGUUAUCUGUCGUCAGCAAUUAUUCGAUUGGCCACCAUAUCCAUCGAGCAUGACGAGGUUGCAAAGAACGAGCAACUUUCUGUAAGCAGCUAAAAUCCAAAGAAAGUGAGAUGUUGAGCCUUAUGUUGAUGACGAGAAGAAUGGCUUUGAUAUGUAAGAAUUGCUUGACAUUUUAGCGAAGGAGGGCGGGCUGGAGGAGGCCAGGAUGGGAUACAGUAUUUGUCUCUCAUGUAGGACAACAUGGUCCAGCACGAUCCUGUCUUCGGUGUCUGUUUAUUCAUUCUACAGCAUGUCUACCCGGUGAAACCAUCAGUUACCUGUUUAUAACUUAUCUUCCUUUCGAUUUAGAGUAGUCUCAUCUUAUACUAAGUUAAAUCACAUCUAAGUUGUUUGUUUCGUUGAGAUAGGUAUUCAGUUUGGUAUUUUAUUCAAAGAGAUAUUAUUAUUCUUAUCGUUGUUGUUUAGAAUAUGACACAUUUGUAUUAGGCGACUGCUGUCAGUGAUCACUGCUUGAGUAUCUCCCAUGUACACGUGACUAUAUUACAUUGUCUUAAAUGUGGAAAAUGUGAGAUGUAAAUAUAACAACUUUAUUGAAAAUA